AAAAAAAGACAAAAGUGAUUCCGAUGGUUGUAAUGUCACCAUUCAACAACCGGUCUUCUGUUUUUCUUCCACCUUCCUUCCCAUGUUUCUCUCUUUUACACAUCAAUCGUUCUUCCGAAUCCUCUCUCCUCGGAAAUUUCCCCUUCUCCGGUGCCGAAUCGCCGUGGGAAGGAGAUUUUUCCGGGAAAGCUUCCAUUUUGUUUCUCCUAGAUAGCUCACAAGACUCGGUUUCGUAAAUGGCGGCGACGACGGUUGUAUCCAUCACCGAGAAAGUGCUCGAACGGGUCUACGGAAGUUCCAAAUUUACCCUUUCCGUCGCAGGCGGCGACGGCGAAAGGCCUCACCGUCAUACCCAUCAUCACAUUCAGAGGCAUUCCUACGACGACAGCGACGAUGAUGUUUGUUACAGCGACGAGGAUGAAUCGGCGAUGGAGCUUGUCCAGAUCGGUGCGGAGAGGACGAAGAACGUCUUGAUCCUCAUGAGCGACACUGGAGGUGGUCACCGUGCCUCUGCCGAAGCCAUUCGCGACGCUUUCAAGAUCCAAUUCGGAGACAAAUACAAGAUAAUCGUGAAGGAUGUGUGGAAAGAAUACACAGGGUGGCCAUUGAAUGACAUGGAGAGAUCAUAUAAGUUCAUGGUGAAGCAUGUUCAGCUAUGGAAAGUUGCUUUCCACAGCACAUCUCCCAAAUGGAUCCACUCUUGCUAUCUUGCAGCCAUUGCUGCGUAUUACGCCAAGGAAGUAGAGGCGGGUUUAAUGGAGUACAAGCCUGAGAUCAUCAUUAGUGUUCAUCCUCUGAUGCAACACAUUCCAUUAUGGGUUCUUAAAUGGCAAGAGCUACAGAAAAGAGUCCUCUUUGUUACCGUCAUUACUGAUCUCAACACUUGUCAUCCUACUUGGUUUCAUCCGGGGGUGAACCGGUGCUAUUGCCCGUCUCAAGAAGUGGCGAAAAGGGCGUUGGUUGAUGGGCUUGAUGAGUCUCAGGUCCGUGUCUUUGGUUUACCUGUGAGGCCAUCUUUUGCACGAGCUGUUCUGGUGAAGGGUGAGCUAAGAAGGGAGCUUGAGAUGGAUCUAGAUCUUCGUGCGGUUCUACUGAUGGGAGGAGGGGAAGGCAUGGGUCCUGUGAAAGAAACCGCAAAGGCUCUUGAAGAAUCGCUGUAUGACAGAGAGAACAAGAAGCCCAUUGGGCAAAUGGUUGUUAUCUGUGGACGUAACAAGAAGUUGGCCUCUGCGUUAGAAGCCGUUGAAUGGAAGAUUCCUGUUAAGGUUCGAGGAUUCGAGACUCAGAUGGAGAAAUGGAUGGGAGCUUGUGACUGCAUCAUCACAAAAGCUGGACCAGGAACAAUAGCUGAAUCGCUGAUCCGAUCACUUCCUAUCAUCCUCAACGAUUACAUUCCCGGACAGGAGAAAGGGAAUGUGCCGUAUGUAGUGGAGAAUGGUGCAGGAGUGUUCACGAGAAGCCCCAAAGAGACAGCCAGAAUCGUUGGCGAAUGGUUCAGCACAAAGGCAGAUGAGCUGGAACAAACGUCAGUCAACGCACGUAAACUAGCUCAGCCUGAGGCAGUCUUCGACAUUGUCAAAGACCUCGAUGAGCUCUCGGAGCAACGAGGUCACCUUGCUAAAGUCUCAUACACUCUCACCUCUUCCUUUGCCAGUUUAGUUUGAGGUACCAGGUCUUAUAUUAACAAGUCUCCAUUAUUAGUUCCUUGUCUGUUCUAUUUUCUUUCAUUCUUUUUUUUUCAAAUAAUUUGUUUGUUGGUUAAGUCGUAUGUAUUAUUUUAUAACAAAAUUAAGGAAAAGGCUCAUGGUGUGAUAGCAUUAUUGGUAGCUUAUUACAAGAAGAUUAAGUUUCAAGUAGAUUUUCAUGUGCC